GCUCCGCUCUCCCCCUCUGGCCUCUGCACGUAGCCAUAAGCCCAUACGCCCAUACCACACCGCACGGUGCACACGGUUGAGUCGACGGUACUCGUCGUCCUCGUCCGUGCAGAGCUUGCACCAACACGCCACCUUAAGCUUCGCUUUGCCCGCACUCGCACACAGUUGCGACCGCAUUGCAUCGUGCGCGGCUGCAGCACGAAGACGAAGCUCUGGUACAUGGCGAGCAGCGCGGAGGAGCGCUUCCUGAGGCAGCUGAGCGCGAGCAACGGCGGCGACGAAGGGGUCUGCGGCGGCCAGCAGCUGGGCCACAAGGAGUACUGCGCGGAGAGGAGGGGCUCCCGGCGGUGGUCCAGGAAGCGGGCCGCCGCCGCGAGGGGCUACUGCGGCGGGUACGACGACUACGACGUGAAGCAGCAGGCGGAGGCCGCCUCUGCCGCCGCGAGGAAGCGGGUGAUAGUGGUGGUGGACGACACCUCGGGCUCCAAGCACGCCAUGAUGUGGGCGCUCACCCACGUCGCCAGCAAGGGGGACUUCCUGACGCUGCUCCACGUCCUGCUGCCGCACUCCGCCUCCGGCGGCGGCUGUAGCAGGGGCGAGGAGGCCUCCUCCCUCGCCAACUCGCUCGGCACGCUCUGCAAGGCGUCCAGGCCAGAGGUGGAGGUUGAAGCCCUGGUGAUCCAAGGCCCCAAGCUGGGCACCGUGCUCAGCCAGGUGAAGAAGCUGGAGGCCUCCGUGCUGGUGCUCGGCCAGGGCAGGCCGUCUCCCUGCUACCGCUGGCUAAGCUGUUUCUUGCGGAGCAGCAGCGAGGAGUUCGUGGAGCAGUGCAUCGACCAGGCGGAGUGCCUGACGCUGGCGGUGAGGAAGCAGAGCAAGGCCGUCGGCGGGUACCUCGUCAGCACCCGGUGGCAGAAGAACUUCUGGCUCCUGGCCUGACAGCCAUUUUACUUGCUACACGAUCGAUCAUAUUUUAUUACUCCCACAUAUCUCUGCUACCAUUUCGUGUAACCAAGUGCGUCACAACUGUUCUCUAUCUCUCUGUGCCAUGCCGUGUAUGCGUCCGCCAUGGAUCGUCCUGCCAGCCUCCUCCCGUUGUAAAGCCAAAAAGAGCCCCAGAUCUCUGACCGCCCUCCUAUAAACCUGUAUUCUUUCUUCAUUUUCCCUGCGACGAGUCUUGACUUCUUGAGCGUGCGCGUGUCUGUACGGGUAACCAUCAUGUAAUGCUGCAUCUGCAUAUCUGUUGUACACGGUGCUUCUUUUGUUUGCUGGAGACUGGAGUUGGCUUUAGGCUCUC